GACGGCGGGGCCUGCUGCUCGGGCUCUCGCGACCCGGGAGAAGCAGCCAAAAAAUUGAACAGAAAAUAAGAAAAUAAACACCAUUAAUUUUCAGAAAAAGGGCAGACAGAAAUUAUGAAAGACACAUUUUUGGGCGGUACAAUGUCCACAACAGAGGAACAAUCAACAGAGGCCUCUCCAUCUUCUAAUUCAAAUUCAUCCACUUACUACGAAGCUGUAGAAGCAGAAGCAGCCAAUAAAUAUGAACCUGUUUCCCCUCACUGGUUUCACUGCAGGACGGUAGAUUCCAGAGAGAAAUGGAUUCCCUUCAGUGAACAAGAUUCAGAGAAGUUGGAAAUAGCUUAUCAGUCUAGCAAGCAUUGCAAGGAGCUGAUUGUGCCGACCGAAGGGGGCCGGUAUGACGUCCACUUAAAGAAGAGGGUGCGCUAUGCUGUUUACUGGGAAGAAGCUGAAUCGGAAGUAAGACGCUGUACUUGGUUUUAUAAGGGCGAUAAAGACAACAGAUACAUUCCAUAUCCUGAAAACUUCAGUGAACAGUUAGAGGACACUUAUAUGAUUUGUGUGACCUUAGAUGAAUGGAAGAAAAAAUUGGAAUCUCCAAACAGAGAAGUAAUCAUAUUACAUAACCCAAAGUUAAUGGUACAUUACCAACCAGUAGCAGUCACAGACGACUGGGGUGUGAGUCCUGCAGAACAAGGCCGGCCAAGGACUGUGAAGAGAGGAGUGGACAAUAUAUCUGUUGAAAUCCCUCAUGGGGAACCAAUGCAAAUUGAUCAUUUAGUUUUUGUUGUUCAUGGAAUUGGACCAGCUUGUGAUAUUCGAUUCCGGAGUAUUGUUCAAUGUGUCAACGAUUUCCGCAGCGUUUCCUUGAAUAUGCUCUCAGCCCAUUUCAAGAAAGCUCAGGAACAGCAACAGAUUGGUCGAGUUGAAUUUAUUCCAGUGAACUGGCACAGUACUUUACAUACAGGAGUAGAUGUAAAUUUGGAGAGAAUCACUUUGCCAAGCAUCAACCGCUUACGUCACUUCAUCAAUGAUACCAUCCUGGAUGUGUUUUUCUACAACAGCUCUACCUACUGUCAAACUAUUGUGGAUACGGUUGCAUCAGAAAUGAACCGGAUCUACCUGCUCUUUUUGGAGAGAAAUCCUGAUUUCAAAGGAGGAGUCUCCAUAGCCGGCCAUAGCUUAGGGUCUCUUAUAUUAUUUGAUCUUCUCACAAAUCAGAAAUGGACACCUGAUGAGCAAGAAAAAAAAGAGGGAUUACAAAGGCUGGCAAUGGAUCAGGAAGUCAACAAAUCUAUAAAGGACAUCUUAGCAGAACUUGAUCUUUCUGAAUAUUAUGCUGUGUUUGAGAAGGAAAAAAUGGACAAUCGAGCAUUGGCCUUGUGCACAGACAAGGAGCUUAAAGAGAUGGGGAUCCCCUUGGGACCCAGAAUCAAGAUCCUCCACUAUUUAAGGAAGAGAAGCAGCUAUCAGACUUUGAGAUUAACCUCUGGAGCUGCAGAAGAAGGUGGAGAUGCCAAUCAGGAAACACCUGCAAUGCCCACAUGUGCAGAAACCAGUUGCAGACAUCCAGGUGUUGUAACGGGGCAGGUCUCUGCAAACUACCCUCAGCUUAUCUACAGUCCACAGAUAUUUUUUGCUUUUGGCUCACCCAUUGGUAUGUUUCUCACUGUACGAGGCGUGAAUAGGAUUGAUCCAACCUACACUCUGCCUACCUGCAAAGGCUUUUUCAAUAUCUUUCAUCCCUUUGACCCAGUAGCAUACAGGAUUGAGCCCAUGAUUGUUCCUGAUGUGGAAUUCGAACCCAUGCUGCUUCCCCACCACAAGGGCCGGAAGAGGAUGCACUUAGAAUUGAAGGAAGGCCUCACUCGGAUGAGCAUGGACCUGAAAAAUAACUUGCUGGGCUCCUUGAGGACUGCUUGGCAGUCCUUCACCAGAACAUCAUUGCCAGCUGUGGAGGCAGGAGCCACCGGAGAUGUGGAACAGGAAUCGGAAGCUGAAACCAGCAUGGAGAAGCAACCCGAGGAGAAACCAGAGGAACCAACCACAUCAGCAAAAGAGGAUCCGCCUCCAGUUAAUGUGGGGCUGUUGAAUGGGGGCCAUCGCAUUGACUACGUGCUUCAAGAGAAACCCAUUGAAAGCUUUAACGAAUAUUUAUUUGCACUGCAAGGCCAUUUAUGCUACUGGGAGUCAGAAGACACAGUAUUAUUGUUGUUGAAAGAGAUUUAUCAAACAAAGGGCAUCAGCAUGGAUCAGCCCCUUUUGUAGAGACAAACUGACCAGCUGCACAACUCUGGACACCAAAUACAUGUCCUGUGUCACCUUCCUCCUCUUUUGUCUGAUGUGCCCAGCAUGCUUCCUCCUCACAGUCUGGAACUCUGGAAAAUCCAGUAUCCUAUUCAGGGAUGGUAGUGAGCAUUGAGAUCCUGUCCGAUUCCUGGUACAUUCAGGCCCUUGUGAAUUAAGUGAUCUGCAUUUUCUGUCUACAGCCAGUGUGUCUUUAGAUCCAGUGCAAUACCAGUUGUGUCACCUUCAGUUUAUGCACUAGUCAAGACCUGAAAUUGGUGCUACAAUUUCGCAUCUUGUCUCCAUUAGAAAAACCUCAAGAUGAGUGAUGGGCAGUGAAGGAAUUUGACUUCCGGUAGAAGCACCGGAAGCAUUACAUGUCAGAUUGUUUGUGGGGAGUUCAUUUUUGUUUUGUGUUAUCUUAUUGCUGCUGCUGAUUUACUCAAGAAAGGGCUCAAGAUCAAAGCGAAAAGCUGGGCAAGCCAAGUCCCAUUCAUCUCUGAAAUAAUAAGCAUGAUGAUGAUGGUGACGAUGAUGGUGAUGCCAGCAGUAGCAAUCGUAUCACUCUACUUUUCUAAAGCAGGGAAAGUUUGUAACUACUUACCUGGGAAGGAACUGGCAAAGCUUGUAAAUUUGAUCUUGUUCACAAUGAUCAGGAUAUGGAUGAGUGAUUCCUCUCCCUGUGUUGUUAUAUUGUAAACACUGUUGUAGAAGCUGUAUGUUUACGUUCUGGCGUGGGAGGUGCCAAACUUCAUACAAGCAGCAGUUUGAUACACCCUUGUUUCAAUGCAUGCAAUUGGGUUCUUGAAAGCAUCUGAAGAACGAGGUCACAUCCUAGAAACCUCUACCUGCAUAGUCAUUGGACAGCAGAUUGUUUCAAGCGCCAGAUGAGGGCAGCUUUAUACCAGCAGUUUUACUUGGGAGCUCUCAGGGUGAUUGGCUGACCAUUCGGACAGAGUUCACAUUGCUGGUUUAGUCUGCUAGAGUGUAAAUUCAAUGCAUUGCUCAACAUAAUCUUGGCUGGCUAGUUGUGGAACACACCUGUGAUUUCAUGGUGUAUGUUGGGCCCUGCAACUGUUGCAUAACCUAUUUUUUUUUGUCACAAAGUGGUCAAUUGCUUUUCACUUAUCUCACAUUCUACAAAAUUUCUCUUUUCAAGAAAGUCUUGGCCAAGGGAGCAGCAAGCAGCAUGUUUACAAGUGGUAUGUGAUCACGCUGUUGCUUCACUCUGUUCACCUUGUGUAUUCCAAUUUUGUGCCGGAUACUUAGUUGUUCUCGUUAUGUUUGCAUUGUUAUUGCAUCAUUGAAUUUUCCAGCCUCUCAUGUACACUUGUGGCUAAACAGAAUGCCAUUUGACAUGACCAAAUUCUCAAUUGGAGUAUCAAUAGGAAAAGUCAAGCAGUUGGAAGUGAAUGCACUUUGUAAAAUAUUACUUUUUGUUUUUUUUAAAAAAAAUAUUUAACUUUUUUCCAGCA